AUGGCAACCGAAGUGUCCCACGGCCGCGGCGGCGCGGGCAACAUUGACGUGGACGAUACGAAAUAUGUCGACGGCGAGGUGGUGCGCACCGGAAUCAUGGGCAGCCAUGGUGAUGGCGCAUUCAGCGCUGGCCGAGGAGGUGCCGGCAAUAUCGCCGACGUAGGGACCACGUCGAAGCAUCGCAACGAUACGGACGUUGUCCCCGAAGCUGCUGUUCGCGUGAGCCAGGAUGGGCAAGGAUACCACACAGGCCGCGGCGGCGCAGGCAACGAGCAUCGUGUUGACGAGCCGGCUCAUGCAAAGCCUCGGCCUGUGGCGCCGGUCGGGCUGGCGGACAAGCUCAAGUCCAAGUUGUUUGGCGCAUUCAAGCACUAAUAGGCGACUUUACUAUCGGGGAUUGCGAAAUCGUUGCGGCCAGAGAGGAGAGAAAAACAAAAGCAUUGUCGGUAGGGGUGUUUGACGAUGUUGGGUUAUGGAUUCCGCCAGUCGC